UAUCGAAAAUGUGGUGUAUAUCAUGAGAUCGUCGGUAUCACUUGAAAGUGCCGAAACUUGCUUUUGGGGUCAAAUAUAACAUUAACGUUGCAUUCGUUGAUUGUGGAUGGCCACUUGAUAUGCAUAAACACUCUGCACAAUGUAACACUGCGUGUCACUGGCCGCAGCGUUGCUGUACGACAUAUAUGCUGACUUAUUGCUUGAUAAUGGAAAGUGAGAAAGUGACACAGGUUUCUACAGACUUUUACUCACGAGUGGAUUACAUUGCACUCCGCAGUGCAAAGGAAGAGACGAUUAUAAAAUGCAGUGCCAGCCGCUUUGCGCACACAUUCGUGGCGUUUGCUAGCAGGAGGGACAGAACAACAUCGCAAUGCUCAGUGGCCAGUACAAGAACUCGAACGAGGAAACGCGCACGGAAUCUGAUAAGCCCGACCACCACUUGUGUUUUCGUCAAGUUAAUGUACGAACACUGCGGAAUCGAAACCGGCUCCAAAACGACGAUCAGGAUUCAGCACACCAAGAGAAGAGCUGCCACGUUCCCUCGUCCUUGCCUUCCUCAUCGCAGUGCCCAGAGACUUGGAAUACUGGUCCUAUCCCGUCCUCUGACACUGAGCCUUCACAAUCAAGUGCAAUCACACGCCAGCCUGCAUACGUCGACCCGAGCCUUGAGGGUGAAGCUGACGCAGGAAAAAUUAACCUCGCCGCACGGUCCAACGACACUCCGCUGUCGUCGCUGCGAAGUCCUGAAGAAGACAUAAGGUACCCUGAGGAUGACUGCAAUGAUUACCUCGGCGGGCCUGGAAGCAGCAGACUCACGUGCUGGAUCUGCCACGAAUGCGACGAUGAGGAUCCACUUGUGUCCCCCUGCAGCUGCUCUGGCACCAUGGGCUUCGUGCAUGUGUACUGCCUGGUGCACUGGGUGAACGAUAUGAACGUUGACUACUGCGAGAUCUGCGGUCAGCGUUUCCACAUGGCGGCCCCACCCAAAAGUGCACGCCGGUUCUUCCUCUAUGUUUGGCAAAGCGAGGGGCGGCUGCGACGAGCGUUGCUGAGCGACCUGUUCUACUUGGCAGUAGCUGCAUCAGCCAUAGUCUUGUCCUUAGUCAUGCUGGUGGCAGCGUUGGGAAGGAUUCAGUCGAAGGGUGUCGUCUGGCAAAUCGCUAUCCUGGUUUUCUUAAGCAGCGCCUUCCUUACGUAUUGCUUAGAAUGUUCUUUCCAGAGGCUGCGCUGUCAGUACCAUUUGUUCUCGACGUGGCAUUUUGCAAACCCAGCGCGCCGGUUCGAGACGGAGCCUUCGGCCCGAGAUGUCAGUGUAGGCCAGACCGAACGUAUCGACGUGCGAGCAGCCGGAGAGCCAUCGACGUCCGGUGGUCGUCGUCGCCGCUAGCAUCAACAGGCGGACAUAUCUUAUGGCUACGAAAGAGUGUGAAGAUAGAGGCGGCUAAUAAAUGCCGUUAGAACCGCUACCAAAAUCACUUUGCCAGAAGACCUCCCAUCUAGGCCUACGGAGUGUUGAAGACCGGCUACGUUGACUUUUGCAGGCUGUACAAAGGUAGCGUUGUAGUCUUCGAAGUGUCCUUCAUGCUACUAGAUGAUUUUAAUGCUUAAAUUUUUUUGAUGGCGAGCUAUCUACUAUGCAAUAUUUUUAUGCACAUAGGCUCUAUACUCACCAGCGUCGUAUGCCGAUUGUGUUAUAAUAGCAGUUCUAAUACUCAACCAGCGUCGAAAUAAAAUCCUGAUUUUAUGUAUCACAAUA